CAGUUCACGUGUUUUCAAAACAAAAAUAAUGGUUUUGAUAUCUGAUUCUCUGGGCUUAUAUGUGUCCCCCAAUUGUGUGCUGGCAGGUCACGGAAACCAGGCGGUGCUAUACAGCUCGAAUAAGAAGGUGAAGCUACCCACUGGACUCCGCAAGGGAAAAGUACAUGGAUUUGCUUUGAGUCCUGUAAAUCACCUGCAAGAUCUAGUGCUGAUCUUUAGCGAGAAUGAAUACUCCAUAAUACUGCAUAGUCGGAGCAAAGCCAACGAUCAGUUCCAGCUAGUUUUUGAGGGCGAAACCAAAGACUGGAUCAAUGCUGCCAAGUUCCUCCUGGGCGACAAUGCCAAGGAUAAGAAAACAUUUGUGUUGCACCUGGCCCACAGUGCACUCCUAUACUUGGAAUUUGAUCUGACCUCCCAUGCCGAUUGCCGCCCACUGGAGUUGGCCCGAUGCUCCGAGAGUUCCAUUCUCUACUGCACUCGGCUGCACGGCGAGCGCUUUCAGGAUCUGGCCAUAAUAAGUGGCAAUGCGUUCGGCGAACUGCUGGUAUGGCAGACGCAGAGUCCCAUCGAUGCCAAGGCGGGAGCGUUUGUCAAGACGUAUCCCUUACUGCUUCGCCUGCAGGCCCAUAACGGUGUCAUUUUUUCCAUUGACUUUCACAUGACCUCCCAGUUGUUGGUCACAACUUCUGACGAUCGCUCAGUCAAGUUUUGGCAAAUCCAAAAAGUGGAAGGCUGGCAGACGGCCAAAAUAAAGCCGCUGUUUAGCUGCUUCGGGCACAGCUCAAGGGUUAUGUGUGCCGUCAUCUUUGAAGCUGGUGGCCAAGCAUAUGUGGCUAGUGGCGGCGAGGAUUCCUAUGUCUGCGUGUGGAGUCUCUGCGGUGACUUGCUGUUGAAGCGUCGCCAACACUCUGGCCUGCCCAUAUGGCGCCUGGGCUUCAGGGAGGAGGACUAUACCCUUUAUAGUACCAGCUCGUCUGGUAAUUUGGCAGCUGAAAGCCUGGAGGAGCUCUUUGGCGGCCACAAAAGUGCCGCCCAUAUGCUGAGCCACAUAGACGGUGCCGCCACAGAUGAGUUCAUUAGAAGUGUCAAGUUUCUCGGUGAUCAGCUAAUCGUGGGCCUGACCAGCCUGAAUCGUCUGUAUUACAUGCGAGUGUCGCAGGAUAAGUGGCAGCAAGUGGACCGUGACUUUCCCACCUACGAACGGACGGUUUUGGAGGUGUCUGGCCACAUUAUAGCCACCUGCGGACAACGGCGAAUGACAAUCUACAGGCACAAUGCUCGGGAUAAUGCCUUCGACAGGGUUUUCGACGGCGAGACGGGAUUAACGGGAACGAUUCGCUCGUUUCACUUCCUAAGCAAGGACCUCUACCUCGCAUCGGACGACCUGGGCAACUGCCAGUCUCUGAAGGCACACGACCUCAGCCUGGAUUCCCCCGUUGAGCUUGGGAAGUACCGCGAGGCCUGGCUAACAGCUGCGUUGCUUAUAUCGGAAAGGUAUCUCCUGCUGGGCGAUCGCCGGGGCCACGUGAUGCUCUACUGUCGGUGCAGCCACCAGAACACCUUCUCGCUGAAGGCCACUUUGAAGCACUUGCAUGGCAAAAUGGGCACAAACUUCUUCAAGCUUCUUAGGGCAGACGAGGCCACUGCCUAUGUGCUGAGCGGGGGUCACGAACCCCUUCUGAAAUACCUGCAUUUGGGUUUGGCCGAGUGCACCCUGGCUGUCGGGCAGCGCGAGAGUGUCCCCCUGUCCUGGGUGGAGGCCUCUCCCCGUCGAGACGUCGUACUGGGCUUCAACGACGAUCACAUUGUGGCCUGGUCCCGCCGAUACGAUGUGCUUGCGCAGCUGGCCUGCGGCGGAGGCCACCGUUGCUGGGACUACCGCCUAGCCGAUGACGAUGGCCUGGCCAUAUUGUUCGUAAAGAGGAAACGUGUGUUCCUUUAUCGCCAGCCCCUGUACCAUAGGAUAGCCAGAGACAUGGCCAAACUGGAGCUCAACAGCUGGCACACGCGGAACUGCAACUCCGCUCGUCUGCUCGCCCACGGGGAGGAGUCACAACCCCUGAUUGUGUCGGCUGGCGAUGAUAAUGUCAUCAAGGUGACGAAGGUGGUGGCCGACACCCUGCUCCACUGUGCCGAAGUGCACUCUCAUGUCUCCACAGUGCGUUGCCUGCAGGCCCUUAGGCUAGCCUCCUCCCGGAACUCCACAACGUGGCUGAUUUUCUCAGUCGGCGGACGAUCGCUGCUGUGCAUCAACCAACUGACCGUAAACGCAGGAGACAACCAGUGCCUGGUGACCGAGCUGUGCACGCAGGCUCUGCAAAAGUCCAGCUCUGUGGAGGCCAGACUGAUGGCCAUCGACGUGGCCCAGGAGGAGGCAGCUGCUUACUUCUCCCUGUACGUGGCUGUGGCAGAUGGCGAGAUACGCCACUAUCGCUGGCACUUGGACACACCCUCCGAGCCCCUUUUGCAAUCUGCGGUGGAUAUCGAGGGAUGCCCGCUCACCUUGCAGUGGAUCAAGAGCAGGGGAAUUGUGCUGAUCACAACCACGGGCGGAGAAGUGUACGGGUUCGAUCGAACCCUGACCACAAAGUACCUGCAACUCCGGCUGCACGUGACUGGCAUAAACACGAUAGACACCUGCCUGGAUGCUAGGCAGCCGCAGCGCCUGCACAUCCUGUCCGGCGGGGAUGAUGAGAAUAUCAAGUACACGGUCCUCGACUUAGAUAGCAUGACGGUGGCAUACAAAAGGGAGUUCUUGGACCUGCACAAUGCCCAGGUGAAUGCCUUGUCCAUACACUGCUCCGAGGGAGAAUCGGAAGCGGAAUCCGCAAUGUUUGCCUUCACCUGCGGCAUAGACAAGCAGAUCUUCAGGAUAGAUCUGAGGACACAUGAGCACAAACGGGUCGGACACAGCAGCAUAGCUGACAUCAAGGGCAUGCUGAUCGAUAAACAGCGGCGGCAAAUGUAUUUCUACGGCAGCGGUUUUGAAAUUGUGGAACUAUAAGCAACAAUAUGGCUCUCUGCCUGCGUGGCAUGAGACUCCUUUUGCUCUGGAAGUGCUAGUGAUCCCCGCAUGUAUUCCUCGAGUAUCUAAAGGGAGUGCUUUAAAAGUAAACUGUUCUGUGAUUUAACAUAAUAAAUAAGAAGAGAGGAAGCUAACUUUGGUCGAUCCAUCCUCCACAGGAGAUAUAAGUAAAAAAUAAACAGCUGUAAU